GUUUGAGCUGUGGUCAUUCAUUACUGCUAAAUAGCAAGAAUUUGACUGAUGGAGACUCUUCAGUCUAAGCUCCCCGACAAACAUGUCCUCUUCCCGGCCUCUUUUGCUCUCCGACUGGCUUUGGUGGCUUAUGGAGACUACCAGGACAGGACUAUGGCGGUGAAGUACACGGAUAUAGACUACCAUGUGUUCACAGAUGCUGCCAGGUUCAUCACACAGGGUGAGUCUCCGUACAAUAGGUCGACGUACCGCUACACCCCUCUGCUGGCCUGGCUUCUCACCCCAAACAUCUACGUCGCCAUGGUGUUUGGAAAGAUCCUCUUCAUCUUAUGUGACGUGCUGUCAGGACUGCUCAUCUACAGAACUCUGCGUUUGAGAGGUCUGGACCGCAAGACUGCGACCUCUGUGUGUUCUCUUUGGCUUCUCAACCCUCUGCCGAUGGGAGUGUCGAGUCGGGGCAACGCUGAAUCCAUCCUGGCAGCUCUGGUGCUCGGGACUUUGCUUUGUAUGGAAGCCAGGCAUCUGGUGUGGGCGGCCGUGCUCUACGGCCUGUCGGUUCAUAUGAAGAUCUAUCCCAUUACGUAUGCCCUGCCCAUUGCUCUGACCCUGAGAGCGCCGGAGGCGGGCUCGGCAGAAGGCAAACCCACGCGGACGUGGAAGAAGUGUGUCCUAUUUCUCGGAAGUUUCCUGAGCCGCGACCUGAUCCUCUUUGGAAUUGUGGCCGGGGGAGUUUUCUCCGUGUUUACAGCAUUUUUCUAUUACAUGUAUGGCUGGCCGUUUCUUCAAGAGACGUACUUGUACCACCUGACAAGAAGGGAUAUCAAGCACAACUUUUCCCCGUACUUCUACAUGCUCUACCUGACUGCAGACAGCAGGGGGAGCCAGUGGCUCGGCCUGGCAGCCUUUCUGCCUCAGCUGGUCCUGCUGUUGGUGGCAUCCUGGAGCUUUCACCAUGACCUGGGCUUUGCCUGUUUCCUCAAUACGGCCAUCUUCGUCUCCUUCAACAAAGUGUGCACUUCACAGUACUUCCUGUGGUACCUGUGCUUGCUGCCUCUGGUCAUCCCACACUUGACUCUAUCAGUGAAACAGGGUCUGGGUUUGCUGCUGGUCUGGUUCGCCGGACAGGCUCUCUGGUUGGCCCCCGCCUACUUUCUGGAGUUUGAAGGCGUCAACACUUUUGUCCUGGUCUGGCUCGCCGGAUUGCUGUUCUUAGUCGUGAACUGUUUCGUCUUGAUUCAAAUCAUAACGCAUUACAAACCCAAACCCCCUUCACAGAGACCGAAGGCCGAGUGACGCUCCAUUGGGUUGAAACAGGAACAUUUACACAGCAAAAACACAGAAUCUUACCAAGUAUUUUUGGUUCAGUUUCUAGUGGAAAUAUCUUGGUACAAUUGAAAUAUUUUGAUAAUAUUCUGACUUCAUUCUUGUCAUUUUAAUUGUUUCUAGUAUACCCUGAUACUCUAUUCUAUGAUCAUCUAUUUACUGUAGAAACUACACCAAAAAUACUUGGUAAAAUUUUAUUUUAUUUUUUUUUGCACUCAUUAAACUUUCCAACCAGGACUCAAGCAAAGAAGACGCACCAGUAAAAAAAGCCAUUUGUAUUUUGCUCAGUUCCUCUCAGCUGUCUGUUCAUAGACUCCCUUCACUAUAAUCUAAAUCAUGUUGUCAGAGAUCAGUUAUAUAUUGUAUAAAAGCCUCAGUUGGAUUAUCAGUAAUCCUGAAAUAAACCCUUGGAUUACAUGCUUAUGUUGGCAGGCCGACGCACUUAAAUUCACGGCGAUGCACAGACUGCAAACAAUUACCACUCUGCGUUGCGUGGCCUAAAAUCUUUGACGUUUGCCCCCAAAAUGACAAGAAUUAGCAGACUUUCCGAACCUGUUGCUGGGAGCAAAACACAGAUUAUAAAGCCAGUGUUACAGAAUUUCUCUGUGUUUUACACACUCCAUGAUAAUUUAGAAGCUAGUCUUAUGCUGGAGCUGUUUUUCUUUGCGUAGGGCUUAAUGCUGCUGCUCACUUGUAGUUCCUGAACAAGGAGGGGCGCUGUGCAGACCGGAUUAAGUUCAGGUAAAGCUGAGCUAAAUCGUGUCACGGUGACCUGGAUUCUGACCUAUAAGCCGCACUCUUCUUUUCCACAAACUCUUCAUAACAUUCAGAUGAUAUCCGCCCAGCAAACACACAUAAUUCAAGGCCAGGGUCCCAGUUCAUGUGGAGGUGGUGGUGGGUAACCUUGAUCAUUACGAGCUUCGUUGCAGGUCACAGUUUUCACCAGCAGGCUGCAGCAUUUGCCAGCGAAACGGAGCUCUGAGCUCGGGCUUUUGUGUAAGCCGCACAGAUUAAUCAGUCAACUGGAGCAUGAGUACGACUCCAAACAAACAGUGGUUCCCUUAAUCUCGCCAUACUUUCUCCUCCUAAUCUCACAUGGAAAUCAUCAAAGCGUUCACUUCGGUCCCGCUGAUCCGCAGUGCAGCGUUUGUUGCCUGAGGCCUGACACCAGGAGGACACAGUUCACGAGAAAAUCAGACGCGUGCUUUGCUUGUCGUCUGCGGCGAAAAAGGGUUGAAUCUGUGGUGUUUUUCCAAAAACGUUUAUCUAAGUGACUUGGUUUGUGUCUCCCAUGUGGGGCGUGCGUGUCCAGGCUGACUCACGGUCAGCUGUGGCCUGAAUACCCGGUUUAUGAAUCACCGGGUUGCACUGAAUAACCUUUCAGCUGCACCUAAACCAUUUCCAUUCUUAACCACCGUUCGUCUCAAUACCACAACGUUCUGGAUUUUAUUUUUGAAAGGAAUCUGCUGACUGUAAGAAUGGCGGGGGCCCGGAACCCAUCCUCCUCAAACUGGCGCUCCAGCAGUACCAGAAAGCCGCGAGCCCACUGAAGUCGCUGUUUUCACUCAAGAGACAAAAUCCAAAAUGGCUUCCACGUGGUUAUUAAUAUUUGCCUCAUGAACAUGUUUCUGUGGUGUUGGAGUUUACAUCAUGUUAAACACUUUGUCGUUGGCGCUGCUAGUGCCUAGUUUGCCGGAUAGAAGUAAAUAAGCCAGAAGUAAAUAAUCGGUUAUUUACACCCUCAUCAUGUAUAAAGAGACUUUAGCUCUCCUGACCUGCCCAUCCAGAUUUUGGCCAAAACCAAUUUUUCUAUUUUUUUUAUGAAACAGUUCCUAAAUACAGAUUCAAAAGCUGCUAAGUUGGCAACACUGGUGUGAUUAUUUGUAGAUUUUAGUGAUGAAGGUGCUUUGGAUCAGAGGGAGGGAUAACUCUGAUGAAAAGAGGGAAACGUGAGUUCAUCGAUAAUCCCUUGUUUUCCUUAUGUUCUGAGGCUCUAGUUUUUUUUUUACCCCAAUGUCUUUUUGUAUUGCAUACAAAAAGCACAGCCUAUACUUAACACAUUCCAUUCCUGGAAUAUGUUCUGAACGUUGUAAAAGAUUUCAAACUGCAUUUUUAUGGAACCACAAGAGCGUUCCUUUGUUUUUUGUUUUGUUUUUGUUUUUUAGUUUGGAAAGUGAUUUUAUGGAUGCAGAAAUACGCUUUGGACCGGCCCUUGUUCUUAUUUGCUCUAAAUGCCGCACUUCUUUUUUUUUAUCCAAGCAAAGCCGUUGACCAGGUAUGAUGAGUGCGACUCAUCCUACCGCUUGUUUUACGAGAGGGAAGCCCGAAAUAACCCUCAAAAAGCCAUUGGGUUGGUUGUUAUGUGUCUAAACCUGUUUCUUUCAAAGUGUGAGGAAUAUUGUAAACUCCUGGAAGCCAUCGGCUCCGAUGAAACCUGGAAGCUGGUGUCAUUAAACUGCCUUUGACACAGAAGCCAUUUAAUGAAGACUCAAGCGGCUUACGAAAAUAAGCAUUAAGGUGAAGUGCUUUGUUGUCCUUCAUUAGCUAAUUGAGGCCAACAAAGAGUUGGAGUGUUUUUAGUGGGAAGCUUCAAUAUUUUACAGGCUGCUAUACGUUUGAAAUGUCUGCUGUUCUUUCUUUUGAUGUAAUAUUUUUUUUUAUUCAACAUAUUUUUCAAAAAUAUCUUUUUUAUUGUGCAAUGUGAAAAUAAAAGCUUUAAUCUGAUUUUA